AUGUUCCAAAUACAAAGAUACGAAAUUGAACAAGAGCCGUCUCAGGAUGUCUCGAUCGUGAGCACUGAGAGAUUAUCAAAAAUCAACGAACGUGUUCAACUUAAAAGAAAACGACCCUUAAAAAAUAAUCAAGCGCAGCAAGCUGAUGAAUACCAAGAAAGCAGUUCGAUAAAAAAGGAAAUAAAUGGAAAAAAUGAUUCUUUUCAUGAUGUUGUUUCCACAGAAAAAAUAUCGAAAAAUACACAUGAUGAUUUACCUUUGCAACAACAGAAAGAAACAGUAAAAAAACUUCCCACAUUACAAGCGUUUCCAACGUUCAAUAGGCCAAAGCAAACACCACAAGAAAUUGCUGCCGUUAAAUUGUUGGGUAUACCCGACUGGUUAGCUAAUCCAACAAUUGUUGAUUCAAAUUCAACAAAAGCAAUUGAUCAUCUAUCCAUUGGCUUAUCAGAAAGAUUGAUCAAGCGUUGUAAAGCACUUGGAAUUCAAGAGUGUUUUGCAGUACAAACGGCAGUUAUUCCACUGCUAAUACACUCACGAAAUCUAUCAGACACUCAUAAAUCACCCGGUGAUAUUUGCGUAUCUGCACCGACGGGAAGUGGCAAAACUCUCGCAUAUGUGCUACCAAUAAUUGAUAUACUCUCAAAACGCAUUGUAACUCGUUUGAGAGUUCUCGUUAUUCUUCCUACGAGAGAUUUAGUAAUUCAAGUUAAAGAGACGUUCGAUGCUUUUUGUAAAGGCACGAAUUUGAAGGUUGGAAUGGUUACAGGUCAGCAAUCUUUCAUUCACGAACAAGAACAAAUAGUUGGAGAUUUACAAGGCCAUUUCAUAGGUGGUAAAAGUAAAGUAGACAUACUAAUUGCCACACCUGGUCGGUUGAUCGAGCAUCUUUCGACGACUCCAAAUUUUACUCUGCAACAUUUACGAUUUUUGAUUAUAGAUGAAGCUGAUCGCUUGCUUAACCAAAGUUAUCAAGAUUGGUUGUCGCACAUACUUAAGUCCACACGGUUACAGCAAGCUGCUGUAAAUGCAAAUAGGCAAAAAUCGGUGGAAAUUAAAUUUGAUUCCUUUGGUGUGCCCAUAAAUGAUACUAUUUCUGCUGUAAUGAUGGAAUCGUUCUUGCACAUUCAAAAAGUUGACAUUUCAGAACCUAAAACAUCAGCGAUUCAAAAGCUUUUAUUUUCGGCAACUCUCACGCGGAAUCCAGCAAAAAUUGCAAGCCUGCAUUUAGUGAAUCCACAAUACAUUUCUAUUCAAUCGAUGAACAAAAACGAGGGCGAAUUUAAAUAU